CUCGGCAGAGGCAGUCUCUCCUGCAUUGUCUCGAUGGCUGCACACGCAUUCCUCCUCCUCCUCCCGUCCCUCGCCCUGCUGUCUGCACUCAGCCAGCCAGCGCUCUCCUUCGAUCAAGUGCCUGACAUCCUCCAUAGAAGCUCAGAUGUCCCUCAUCAGUCAGUGAGAAUCAGAACAAAUCCAGAUGGACUGGGUUUGGAAAGUGAAGAAGUUGUUUUGUCCCCUGAAGAGGAAAACCCACUGAGGAGAAUACUACAGCCCUACGGAUGGCAUCACCAAGGCCAGGACCUGAGCAAGCGGAAGCUCCUCCAGUCCCUCAGCUCCGGGCCCUACUCCCCCCUCAGCGUGGUCAACAACGGCAACACCUGCAUCCUGUUUAAGGCCAAGCGGCUAGCCAUUCGCUACAAGAACCACACCUUCGUGGACCUGACGGAGAAGACCUUCGGGCCCGGCGCCCCUGUGGACACCAAGGGCUCCAUCUGCACCAAGGAAAAGGCAACGCUCUCCCUGAGGUUUGGAGAUGUGGAGGACCUACGAGGGCUCGUCAUCCGGCUUCAGAUGUCCAACACUUUCUACGAGUCGGCGGGUCAGAACUGGUUCACCCUCGACAGCGUCCACAUCCAUUACAACUGGACCCAGGAGGCCACGUUCAACGCCAGCGAGGUGUACGCCCCCGCCACCUCGUCCUACCACUGCCAGCACGUCAGCAGCCUGCACAAGUACGACACCCUGCUGAUGCCCAGCUCGCACGGCGACACCUCCGCCAACUGGCACAUCACGUUCACCGACUUCCAGAUCCAGGCCUUCAACGUGCAGUCAGACAAGUUCGCCUCGGCCACCGACUGCGCCACUUUCCUGACGCCAGCCAUCCUCAUGGGCCUGGUGACCUCCCUGAUCCUGCUGCUGGUCCUGGCCUACGCCCUGCACAUGGUGGUGCACCUCAAACACAUCGACCGCUACGAGGAACACAAAGCCACGGUCUACUUCCCCCGGAGCCCGGAGGCCGAGUUGCCGGACAAGAACAGCCUCUGAGCUAAGGUGGGAGGACGUGAGAGAGGGCAAGGGGCGAGGAGGGAGAGGAGGUCG